AUGACUCAAAUCGAUGAUAUUACUCAACAUAUAUCAUCGUUUACAAUUGUUCAACGAAUUAUUUUUAUUCUUUCAAUUGUUGGCCUAUUUUGGACUUUAUUUAGUUUAAUCUAUUUAAUAAAUCGGCUUAUUAUUCGUCUUUUGAGUAAUUUUAAAUGUUUCCAUCGUAAUGCGCCAUCGGCAACAACAACAAAGAGUAAAGUUUGUCAAGCAUUCGUCAUUUCAUUAAAUCAAUAUGGGUCUACUCGACCCACACAACCAAUCUAUCGUUCAGAUAGUUUAUUUUCUAAUGGCGAUUUAACAUUAGAUAAUGAACAAAUAAGUGCAAUAUCAAACUAUGGAAAAAUCAAUCUUACUAUCAAUCAUUAUUCAACUAUGAUUGAUAAUUGUCAACAGCCGAAAACAUGUUUAUUAAAGCAUUAUUUAAAAACUUAUAAUCCAUUAGAAAUCGAUUUAAUUGAAGCUAAUCCAGAAACUAUUCUUACAUCAAAGGUCAAGGAGAUUCCUGACGAUGAUAUAUCAAGUGAUACAAGUACAUUACCAGCAGAUAAUUGCUAUUCAAUGAAUUGCACAAAUAAACAAAAGAUACAUCAAAGUAAACGAUACGUCCGUCUUAAAGAGCAAGAAAAUUGUUCAGCUAAUGUUAGUAUUAUCGAUGAUCAACCAUCGUUAUGUAGUACAAGAUUAACUAGUAGUAUUUUACCAGUUGUGAUGGUUACCGAUUGUUCUAAUAGUCAACGACUACACACGGAUAUUAUUGAAAUAAAUGAGAAUGAAUAA